AUGACUAAGCAAUUCAAUAUAUUUGAUUUUUUGGAAGAGUAUGAGAAGCUACCAUGUUUAUGGGAUAAAGACAGUGAUGAUUUUAAAUUAAGAACAAAAAGAGAUAAUGCAGAAGAAUAUCUUCUCAAGACGUUUAAAAUAACUACUGUGAAAGAGUUGAGGCAAAAAAUAAGAAGUAUAAGAUGCACUUAUAAUCAAGAAGUGUCAAAAAUCAAAUCAUCAAUGACAACAGGGUCUGGUUUGAAUAAUAUAUAUAAACCAAAGUUGGUUUGGUUCGAUUUGGCAAACAGUUUUUUAAAAAAAACUCAUCAAAAUAAAAAUGAAACAGAUACAAAUUUGGCAAGUAUUUUGUAUUAUUGCUUGUUUUUUUAA